AUGAGUUUGAUCGAGUUGAAGAAGUUGUUUAUAGAGCAUCUACGUGUAGAGAGUAUAAAAGAGAUUCUUGAUCACAAUUGGUUAAGUGCCUCUGUUAUCACUGUAUUUUCCAGGUAUUUGUAUGACAAGUUUAUUAGUCCAAAUGGAUUAAUAAAUAAGUUCUCCUUCAUAUCCCCACAUGUAUCAAGGGAGGAUAAUCUAGGAAAUGCUAUAGCAAAAAUACUUCUGAAAGACGAGGAGUACUUCAAGGAUAAGAUGAUUCUUGCACCUUGCAAUCUAGGGAAACAUUGGGUACUACUUGUCAUCAAUCUCGAUGCUGAGGUGAUAUAUUACAUGGAUCCGUUGAAUGGUGAACCAACUAAACAUCAAAAUUUAAAAACCAAGUUUGAGAAUGCAUUGCAAAUUUAUCGUGCUAAUAGUAACUAUAAAGUGCCUAAAGUCUCCAAGUCAAAGAAAAUUUCAUGGUCAAAAAUUCGGUGUCCCCGUCAAAUUAAUAGCAUUGACUGUGGAUAUUUUGUAAUGUGA